CCAAUUUUGAAUUCCAAGAUAACCCAUCAGUCAUCAUAGCCAUAGGGUGUGCUUUGUUCUAUAGUGGUGGACCGUGGGCCUACUACCCCCAAAAAAGAAAAACUUCAGCAAAAGGUUACCUAUUCGACGCUUUGCUUCUCUGUCGCUGACUUGUUUAAUAAUUUUGUCCGAAAAUAUUCCCCAUCUCGUCUGGCUCCGUCUCCGAUCAGGUUGAAGGUGAUUAUGUUUACUGGAUAUAUCUUGGAGAGGGGCUGUGAUCUUUUCAGGUGUUCUGGUAGCAGUAGCCUUUCUGAAAGAUUCAAUUUCAAUUAUCCCCUUGGUUGGUAACAACUAUGCUACCGACUGGGGCAAAAGAUACUCAUAUCCGUGAUAGCAGCAAUCAAAAAGUCCACCCUCAACCUAUGGAAGAGAGCAUGAACCAGAACCCAGAAGCUGUGGAAGCUCUAAUAUCCAAAUUAUUUACGAACAUCUCCUCCCUCAAGUCAGCUUAUAUUCAGCUACAAACUGCUCAUACUCCCUAUGACCCUGAAAAAAUUCAAGCUGCUGAUAAACUUGUAAUAUCUGAGCUGAAGAAUAUAUCUGAACUGAAGCACUUCUAUAGAGAAAAGAACCCCAAGCCAGUGUGCGUUUCUCCUCAAGAUUCUCGUUUAGCUGCUGAGAUCCAAGAACAACAGAGCCUGCUGAAAACCUAUGAGGUCAUGGUUAAGAAAUUUCAGUCUGAAAUUCAGAACAAGGAUUCUGAGAUUCGACAGUUGCAGCAGCAAAUUGAAGAUGCAAACCAGAAGAGAGUGAAACUGGAAAAGAAUAUAAAGCUUAGGGGCUUGUCUAUGAAGGAAUCUGAAGGCUCAGGAGAAGAAAAUGGAUUCUUUCCUGCGGAUUUGACCCCUGAGCUCUUCACAUCAGCUGUUGAAUCUGCUUACAAAGCUAUUCAUGAUUUUUCUAAACCAUUAAUCAACAUGAUGAAAGCUGCUGGUUGGGACCUUGAUGCUGCCGCUGACUCAAUUGAGCCCAAUGUGGUUUAUGCCAAGAGAGCUCACAAGAAAUAUGCAUUUGAGUCCCACAUUUGCCAGAGGAUGUUCAGUGGGUUUCAACAGGAGAGCUUCUCCAUUAAAUUGGAUAAUGUUACAGUCAAUAAAGAGAGCUUCUUCCAGCAAUAUCUGGCUCUGAGGGAGAUGGAUCCAUUGGACAUGUUGGGCCAGAAUCCUGAUUCCUUAUUCGGGAAAUUUUCCCAGAGCAAGUACCUGAUGGUUGUUCAUCCAAAGAUGGAAGCUUCGUUCUUUGGAAAUUUAGACCAGCGUAAUUAUGUAACAGGAGGUGGGCAUCCUAGGACUCCAUUUUACCAAGCCUUUCUAAAAUUGGCUAAAUCUAUUUGGCUUUUGCAUCGGCUGGCUUACUCAUUCAACCCUAACGUGAAAGUCUUUCAAGUUAAAAGGGGAAGUGAAUAUUCAGAGGUUUAUAUGGAAAGUGUAGUGAAGAAUUUGAUAAUGGAUGAAAGCGAGGAGAAGCCUAAGGUUGGGCUCAUGGUCAUGCCUGGCUUUUGGAUUGGUGGCAGUGUCAUCCAGAGCCGAGUUUAUCUUUCCGGAAUGAAGGUUAACGAGUAAAUUACCACCACUAUGCAAAUCUAAGAGUUUGAUGAGUAAUACACGUAUGGACUAAUAUAGUGUGCUGUUUGUCUUUGUGAUUUGUUGUUAUUGCUGUAGUCAUGCAACUGUAGUAAUUGUAUUACGACAUAGGAGCUCACUGUUUGUUGACAAAGUUCCUUUGUCUUUGUGUGCUUCAACUGUUCUUUUGGGUUUGAUUGCCUGCAAGAAUGCAGCAGACAGUCCAUGAUUUGAGCAUCAUCUGUCUCUACGCUGCAUUGGGACCUUAGAUUACUGAAGAGCAGAUGUAAGAAAGAGGUUAUGGUGAUGAAAACGUUGUUGUUCAUCUCAAAAA